AAUCCUACUUUGCAGAGUCGUCAAGACUACCGCACGGCAUUCCUGAACUACUGCACCAGCCCAAGCCCGGCCGCUUUAGCUACGUACUACGACUCCCACAACAGCUACGUUCAGCAACUGACCGCUACGAACGCAAUGCUCGACCAGUACCACAAGCACACGCUGCCCACUAUAUUACAGGAGCUGGAAGAGAUACUGGCGGACGUUACGACGGCCGUCAGCGAGGCCAUUUGUCAGGACGGCGAAAUUAUCACGGAAAAGACCAACCACCAGCUCCGUCGAUACGAGUCGCUGUGUGCGCAAGCGCGCGCGGUGUCAAGCACAGCUGAUCUGGCGCACCUUGCGCGCACGCUGCUGACGUCACAGCCGCCCAUGCGGCCGCCCAAGCGCGCCUUCUUGCCGCCCUACCCGCCCGAGCCGGAGGACCCACCACUGGAUGUGCCUGCGGAAAGUAUGCCACCAGUCCUUCGAGGAGAAAUGCUACUGGACCGGAUGGGUGGACAGGCGCGGCUGAACUACGAACAACUGAGGAAGGAUGCACAGGAUCUUGAGCUGCAAAUAAAGCAGCUACAGGAUGGACUCGACGUGCUCAUACGUCAUCAGAAUCGAGGCCUCGAAAGCAACAUCUAUAGCAAAGUGAACGAGAUUCAAGAAGAGAUAUCAAUCAAGAAGUAUGACUACAGGGCGACGCAGUUGCAUCUAGCUGCAGUGAGAGCUCAAAGAGAGCUGUUUGCAGCGAAAGCAGAUAGCGGUGCUGCAGUUGAUCGCAAGCUUUCGUCAUCAUCUGCUGGUAGCAUGAAGAAUAAGUGGCUGAAGGCAUUCCGUAGCCUGAAACCGCCCAGCGCCCCCCCACCCCACGCCGCCCCACCAGACAAGAGAAAUGGAGCGGCCAGGGAGGCCAUGCGCGGAGGAGAUUCGGAAGCACAUAACUUCCAAGAGUACACCUACAAGAAAAUUACCCCGUGCGAUGUUUGUUCGCAAGUGCUUAGAGGUCAUACCAGACAAGGGCUUAGAUGUCGACUCUGCAAGAUGAAUGUGCACACAGACUGCAUGCCACAAGUCGGCAAAUGCCAGACCAAAUCCCGGCUGCUCCGCAGGCAGAAGAGCACCUCCGAAAUUGAGUCUCACAGGGUCCAGGAGACCGCCUUCGAUGAUGAAACGCCGCACUCACCGAGACGACAAAAGUUGAACCUUAGGAUGAAGAGCCUGUCGCUGGACUCGCCGGAGUGCGGGGAACUGCGGCGCCGCCCGGCCAACCAAGCGCCCUCGCAGGGCAGCCGAGUACUCUCGCCAUCUUCGCCGGUGCAUAGCAGGAGGCUGCUGAGCGCCCGGGGCGGUCGCAUGAGCAGUGUUGAGCUACCAGACGAGCCUGAUAAGAGCCUGUCGUCUAACAGCGCGAGCCCCUGUCCUUCACCUGUGAAGCAGCCAAGUAAGCACCAACGGCUCUUGCCCACGAAUCUGUACGUGAUCCUGUACAACUUCAAGUCUCGCCACGCCGACGAGCUCGAUCUGAAGGCAGGGUACAAGGUCACCGUCAUCGACACCUCAGACCCCGACUGGUGGAAGGGCAAAUGCCUGGGCAAGAUCGGAUACUUCCCAUCCAAGUACUGCACUAAACUCCAAGCUGGCGAACGCCCGUUGCAAGUCACCCAUAAUUUGCAGGUGUCAGAUGGUGACAACGGAUUGAUGCUGCUCCGCGACCAAAUCGUGAUCCAGGUCGGUGAUGAGGUGGACGGCAUGGUGAUGAUCCGCUCCGGCGACAACCGCCAGGGUGUGUGUCCGGUGAAGUUCUUGCAGGAGGUGUGACGCUUCAAGCUGCCUCACUUCGACAUACUGAAGAAACGCGGCUCGCUCACUGAAGACAGGAACACUUUAUACGAACCGAAACCGACCCGUAGCGCACCAGUUACUCCUUGCGACAGCGACACCUCCUGGUCGGACAAGACGUGGACGAGCAAGCAAACUUACGAGGCAUCAACUUCAGGGUACGAUUCAGCCGAAGGGUGGUGGCGACCAGAAACUAGGCGCGACUCCAAUUCAGAAGGGGUCUGGUGGUGGCGACGGCCGUUAGAUGUUAGGAGGACCCAGUGCAGGCGAUGUGGCGCAUCAUCAUCCACCAGACCUCUGAGGAUGAUGCCUUGCGCAGGAGUGGCCCAGGAGGAGGAAUACAGAGACCGACGGCCUCUGAUGUCGCGAGAUCGUCCGCUGCUUUUUGUCAGGCAAUUCUUUUUGUAAUUAUUUUCCGACUGUCAAAGGAGUUCAAUCGCGAGGGCGGAUCCUUGUACUUACAUUUCAGAUUUCAAUUUACUUUGAUGAGUACAUGGUUGAGCGUAGACUUGGGAGUUGGGAUUAUCGGCUCUAUCGACGAUUUAGAUUUAAGGAAGAUGAAGGCUGCUGUUUGGUGAUACUGACCAAUCAUUAUUGGCUAUCUAUCUAAUAUUCAAACUGAUCAAUUAUUAUACAUCUAAUUUUUUUCCUCGCUUGAUCGGAUCCGCCCAUAGUUUAGUAAUGAUUUGCCUCUUGCCAAAUCGGCCUAUAUUUAGCUACAAUCCCAAUUUUAUGUAUAAGAAACUUAUUAUAAUAUUUAUUAUACAUAUAACAUGUAUAAUUUAUCGUAUAAUAUAUGUAAAAUUUGCAACAUAUCAUUCUGUUAUUAAUUUGUGAUAUAAAAUUAUAGUGUAAUUAGUUAAGCGUUAUUGAACGAAUUUUGAAGAGUUUUCGGAGAGAUCUAUUUAUGUUGCAUUAAAGUUUUUGGAAAUAUAUAUUCGUCUUAUACUAUAAAUUAUAUUAUUAUUAUAAUUUUAAAGGAAGGCAGCAUAUAUUUUUGUUCGUAUUUUUUUUACUUAUUUAUCAGGAAGAGGAACGAAUACGUUAAGCUAGGAAAACAUAUAAAAUACCCCGUAGCCUUUAUAUUUAGCAUAGAAUAGGAUCUAAUCCCAGAUAGCUUGAGAAAAUAUUUAUUUUAUUUGAUUGCAUAGUUCGUCACAUGAAAAAUAAUUAUUAUGUAUAAAUAACCACCACAAUUUGGUUGUAUAACCUAUCUUUUCGAAUCGAUUAUGUAUAAAUAACCACAACUUGGUUGUCUAACCUAUCUUGUCGAAUCGGUAAUAAAUACAUUAUUUUAUUAAUAUUAAAUAGAAACUAGUUACCUAUAAAUAUAUUAUGCCCCUAUAUUCGUUCUAGAGCCCUUUUAGGCUUUGAAGAAAUUAAAAUUAUUGUUACUGCAUUCAUAAUUUUUAACAGAAGCAGUAAUCUAAGGUGUUUUAUCGAUAUUUGUGCAAGGAUUAUUAUUUAAUACUUCAAUAGCUUUUAUCUUAAUUCAGAAAUAAAAAAUAUUCCUACUUAUGUACCUAUGUCCUAAAAUUGAAACUUAUUGUCGAUAUUUUAUACUUCCCUUUAUAUUUGACCUAAUCUAAAAUAAAUAAUAUGAAUAUUAACGACAUCGUGUACCUAAUUAAAAAAUAGACAACCGUGCCAUUUUAACGUAGACAAGCACUCAUGUGAAAAAUAUUGAUAAAGAUUGUACCGAAACUUUACAUCGUUGUUGUCGACUUUGUCUAAGAUUUUAUUGUAAGAAUAAUGAAAGCAGUGUAUAUGAAAUUUUUGAAAAAAUACAAGAAUAUUGUGUACUUAAAUAAGAUCGCUACAAGUCACAGGGAUGCUAUGCCAGUUCGGCAAAAUUUAAAGCUAUUAUGGUUCCAUAAAAAUGUUAAACUUAUAAGGAAAAACGGUCAAGUGCGAAUCGAACUCCCGGACUAAGGGUUCCGUACAUACUUCGCUUCAUUCUUCCUCCUUCUACCAUCAUAGAGCCAUCUUUUGAGCAGUAUGGUUAUAGUUUCAUCGAUAUAAAAUAUUUUUUAUUGUUGUGGUAUGGAACCCUUAAAUUCGCCUAAUGUCUAUCUAGGGGUUUGUACUCUGGGUAGUUGAGUUCGACUCGAUAUACCUAAAUGCCAGCGAAAAGCUUGCUUGGUAUUUUAAAGGCAAAGAAUUGCCUAUAUUGAUGCAGGCGAAAAUCUUACAGAUUUCUUANGUUUCUUAGAAGAAUCCCGGAUAAAGUACCUAAUGAAGCAUACUUAGGUUACUUUAGAAACUUGUGCAGGUUAUUAAUGUACCUAUUUAAAAUCAGCAUCAUACAACCUUAUUAUUAAUAGGUAGAGUAUCGUCUUAAAAUUAUUUUAUUUACUUAGCAAGGUGUAUCUAGCGUACUUAACUAUUAUUCUUUGAAAUUCAUAUUUUAUGACAACACAGUUACUUAGCUACGAGAUUCGUCACGAUUAGUUACAUACUUAAAAUUGUAGAUAGAGAUGGUACAUAACUAUAACCUAUUUUCCUAUAUCUGCGCUCGUAUUAUAAAACAAAGCUUAAAUUCGAUCCAAACUCAAGCUUUCAUACUUGAGAAUUGUUUCAUGAUACGGGCCUUAGUGACUUUAUGUGCAAUUAAUUUUAUAUUUUCGUCUACUUCUGCUCUACAUCUGAAUCAAAAUUAUAUAACCGUAUUUAGUUAAUGCAUUAUACCGUCCCCUUGAAGUUUUAAGUAUGAUUAUGAAGGUAUUAUUGCAUAAUAUUUAUAAAAUAUUAUUAUACACAGUACACUUUAAAGUAAGAUAACAGCAUGUAGGUAAGGCGUUAUUCUAAGUAACUGUAGAUAGGGAUCUAGUUAAUAUGGAUAUUGGAUGUCACCUUAUGAUCCUAUGGAGUUAAUGGAGUAGAGGUGCCUGCAAUCUUAAUUUUGUUUAAUAAAUCACUUUAUGCAUAUGCUACAUGGCCAGACGGUGAUCUUAUUUUUAAAAUAAGGCUAUACCGCUUCUCGAAAUUUGGUCAUUUAUCUAUUCCCCAUAUUAAUGUAUAAUAACUACAUUGUAUUAUUUAACUGAAAUUAUUGUGAUAACUUGCAUUUACUUUUGACUGAUUUAAAUAUUUGUAUUCGAGUAUUAAUUAAGUUAAGAGUCUCCCUCCAAAAUAAUAAUCUGCAAGCUGUUGCAAGAUGACGAAUUUAUUAUGUACCUAUUUACUAUUUAUCUAUUUCACUAAUUAAUGAGUUAACAUAAAAUGUAUUUUAACUUUAUGAUUUGCCAUCUAAUUUUAUCAUAAUUAUUCCUUUUUACCCGAUAGAAAAAAGUUUGCUUGAUAAUUAGACGAACAUUCCAACAAUAUAAGUACCUACAAUCUAAGUAAUAACAACAAUUAAAUAAUACUUAUAGGUAUUUUUUAUCUCUUUUUUUAAUAAUUUAAGAUUGCAGGCACAAGUAUAAACAUAUGAAAUAUGUAUUUAACAGCUGCAUAAAUUAGCUGUUAUUGACAAAAGAUAUUUUCGUGGAUAUGCACAGCAUCUUUUGUGAGUCCUACUCACCUAAAGUGGGUACAUACUGAAUAAUAUAAUAGGUAACCAUUGUUCGUAGGUUGCAAUGUCUAGGUUUCAAGCUUGACUUUAUUUGAAAUUAAAAUUAGUUUUAGUUGUAACAAAUGUGUAUUAAAAUUAUUUCUGGGUGGAAUAGUUUUAGAGUUAAAU